AUGGUGAUGAUGCCAUCGUUGUCCGACCUUGCUGUAGCAAUAAACCACAAAAGAAACAUCACAACCAAUCCUGAAAGCUCUCUAACUUUCAACUCCAAUGGGAGCUCUGUUUCUGCUGCAUCAAUGAAGAAGAGGCAUCAUGGAGAAAGUGUCGGUGUUGGGUAUGAAGAGAGUUGGAUUCUGCCUAGAGACCCAUUUAUCUUUAUAGAAAAGAAAGAUUACAGUACAUCUUUUGGUUUGUUGCCUUUUCUUUGUGUGAAGUUGCUUGGUAAAGAAGACACAGGGGAAAGAGCUUGA